AUGAGCGCUCUCAACGUGCGCGACUCUUACGACGUGAACGCGCUGGAGAUCCCACCGAUGGAGCAGCGAACGAAGGUCCAAGGCGUCGGGGCGCACGUGAGCGCAUCGAUCGGUUCGCCCGAAGUCGGGUCGCCGACAAAGUACUUUACGAAGAUGUUGGAGAACAACUGCUCGGCGGGCAAGGCGAGACGCGGGAUGAAUGGAGAAUUCGUCUCCACGUACGACGAGCGCAUCGCGCGAUGCGGAGGAAACCGUGAACCGUUCCUCAUCGGCGUCGCCGGGGGCACGGCGAGCGGUAAGACGACGGUGUGCGAUUUAAUCAUGCAAAACUUGCAGGAGCAACGCGUGGUGCUCAUCGCGCAAGAUUCAUUCUACCGGCCACUCACCGCACACGAGCGAGAGAACGUGGGAUCGUACAACUUUGAUCAUCCGGACGCAAUCGAUACAGCAUGUCUGAAGGAUGUGUUGCACAAGCUCAUGCUGCGACUGCCCGUGGACGUGCCCGUGUACGAUUUCGUCACGCACUCGCGAAGCGAAGAGACUAUUCGCAUCGAGAGCGGCGACGUCAUCAUUAUCGAGGGAAUUUUGGUGCUGGCGAUGGAAGAGAUUCGCAACAUGUGUCAUAUGAAAGUUUUUGUCGACACGGACGAUGACUUGCGAUUGGCGAGACGUUUGAAGCGAGACACGGUGGAUCGCGGACGGAGCGUCGACGGAGUCAUCACGCAGUACACGAUGUUCGUGAAACCGAUGUUCGACGCGUACGUUUCGCCGAGCAAGCGACACGCCGAUGUCAUCAUUCCUUGGGCUCAAGGUGAAAACUCUGUGGCCAUCGAUUUGAUCGUGCAGCACAUUCGCACGAAACUGGGCCAAAACGACUUGCGACGAAUAUAUCGCAACCUGGUCGUUCUUCCGCCGCAAUUUCAAAUCAGAGGGAUGCACACCAUAAUUCGCGAUCGUUCGGUGAACAGAAGCGACUUUGUCUUCUACAGCGAUCGUAUCAUUCGUCUCGUCGUCGAGCACGGGUUAGGGCAUCUUCCGUUCAACGAACACGUCGUCUUCACGCCCACCGGCGACCAGUACAAGGGCGUGACGUUUUGCAGCAAACUGUGCGGGGUGUCCAUCAUUCGCUCCGGGGAGGCGAUGGAGAACGCCCUUCGCGCGUGCUGCAAAGGGAUCAAAAUCGGUAAACUGCUCAUCGAGCGUCGUGACAGGGAUGGACUGCGUCGCGCUGAGAGCGAUCCCAAAGUCGGUUCGCCGCAGUCGGAGACCUGUCCGAGAAUCUUGUACGAGAAGCUUCCGCACGAUAUCGCGGAUCGUUUCGUGCUCGUUUUAGACCCAAUUUUAGCCACGGGCGUAAGCGCGCAGGCCGCGGUCGAUUUACUUCUCGAUCGCGGCGUGAAGGAGGAAAAGAUUCUCUUUCUGAGCGUCAUCGCGUCAACGCAAGGCGUGCACCACUUAUGCACGAGGUACCCUCGGAUGAAGGUAAUCACCUCCGAGGUCGACGCCGGAUUGAGUGACGAUAACAAAGUGUUACCGGGCGUAGGCGAGUUCGGGGAUCGCUACUUUGGCACGGAAAUCCCGUCCAUGGCGUCGUUGCAAACCGACCAGGAUGGCACGUUGUUCGACUAA